AAUUCCCAUACCAGACUGGAAGGCAGAAGCGCCCGCACAGGCACAGCACUACUCGAAGCAAGAACUAUAGCAGCUGCUGCUCCUGUACACCAAGCGUACGUGCAAAUACAAAUACAAUGGCCACCAAAAGCAUCGCCUCGCUGCUCGCCGUGGCCCUGCUGCUGCUGCUCUCCUCCCCGGCCGCCGUCGUCGUCGUCCGCGCGCAGCAGCAGCAGCGGGGCAACCCGUGCCCGACGAACGCGGUGGCGGACCUCAAGGUGUGCGCCGACGUGCUGGUCCUGCUCAAGCUCAAGAUCAACGUGCCGCAGAGCCAGCGGUGCUGCCCGCUGCUGGGCAGCCUCGUCAACCUCGACCUGGCCGCCUGCCUGUGCGCCACCAUCAGGCUCAACGUGCUCGGCAUCCCCGUCAACCUGCCGCUCGACGUGCCCCUCGUGCUCAACUACUGCGGCCGGAACGCGUCCGCCGUGCCGGGCUCCAACUGUUCCUUCUGAGGCAUGUUCGAUCGAUCGGCAACCCCGCUCCAAUUGUAAGUUGGCUAGUUUGUUAUAUGCGGGCCGGGUACUGUAUAACAGCAGCUGCUUGGAAAUAAAAAGCGUGUAAUGACCUUACUCAACAUCAUGGCAAGUACAAUUUCUGAAUGCUA